CGACCGGACCGACGCGGCGACGCUAUUCGUCUAUCGACAGACGACAACAGCUCACAGCUGCUAGUCUUGGCUGACGGUGCGCUACUGGCAUUCUGGCAACCGUCAAAAUCGGUAUUUCCAUCUUUUUACUUUCACAGAUUUUAAAUUUUAACUUUUCGCUGUUGACUGUGGUUUGAGAUACUUUACUAACCACAAUUGAUUAGAAGACGACUUUUUGUCGAUGUUUAAAAAUCGUUCUGUUUAGUGACUUAGUGUUUACUGUUUUGUAAUAUUGUGCUAUAAUUCGUCGUUAAUAUAGAUCAUGGAUUUUUAUAAUAAACACUUCCAUCGACUAAUCCGUAAUGUGGAUCCCAAUGGCAUGUUGAAUGUGCCACUUAACGUGUUUACUAAUGGAAAAUGUCUAGAGAAAUAUUUUAAGACGAAUAGUGACUUUCGGAAAUUAGACGUCCCUUGGAUGUGCGAUCAAUUAAUUAUACUUUUGCUUAACUUUGAUGAUAUAGUUGCUAUUUCGUCAACCUUACAAUUUUUGAAAAAUGACUUUCAGCGCAUUAAAUAUCCAUUUGUUUUGAUAAAUCAAGCUUUUAUUGGCUUAAUUUUAAUACAUGCAAAUGCCACAAAAGUGUAUUACAGUAAGUUUAUAUUUGUAACUAUACAAGUGGUUUUUCAAAGAUAA